AUGUCCUCUGCCGUGACCGACCACCUCGUCGUCACCCCGAGCGACCAUGGCGCAUUUAUCGUCAUUGCCGGUCUCAUCGGCUUGAUCUGGACAGUGUUGGUCCUAGCCAUGAGACUCUACAUCAGAUUCGGGGUCAAUGGCCCCUUCGGGUUGGACGACGCUGCGACCUCGUUUGCCACGUUGGUCGGAAUUGUCCAAACAUCGUUGACGCUCAUCGCCGUACAUCAUGGCAUGGGCAAGGGACAAGACUUGUUGACGCAUGAGGAUCUGGAUUUGGCAAUGAAGGCAAGUAGCUGGCUCGACCUGUCCCGUGGGGAAAGAACCUUUGUCCGCGUAGCCAUCGUCGAAUCCUUCAGCUUGCUCAUAGAAGCCCUCAUCUCUGGCAUGGCCGUCAUGCUGGUAUGGAACCUCUCGAUGGCGCUGAAGACCAAGAUACUAGUCGUUGCCGCCUUUUCCGCCCAGCUCCUCGUCAUCAUCCCCGUCUCCUUUCGACUCUUGUUCGUGCGUGAAGUGACGGUGUCGGACGACGUCACGUUUGACUUUACCAAUCCGGCCAUCGCGACGCAGGUGGUGAUGCACUUUUCCAUCAUGGCGGCCACCUUUCCUUGCUUUCGCCAGUUCCUUCAAGCCUUUGACAGCGGUCUCGGCGCUACGAUAGGCUCGGACUUGGGAACGGGAAGCCAUGCGAAUAGCGGAUACAUCCUGCAGUCCUUCGACAGCGCUCACAGCGGGAAGAUGAAACGAGGCAAGAGGCCUCAGGAGACGCGGAAGCAGCAGGAACCGGCUAAGAGGGUCGAAUCUAGUACGGGAAUCGAGCCUGGCAGCGACGAGAACAAGAGCGUGGAGAGUGAUGGCAGCGACAAGGCCAUUAUAUGGCGAACCCAGGGUUGGGAGGUGCGAUACGACCUUCGGGACUCUGUUGGUCGACAACAGCGGGAAGGGUAG